AUGUGGGUCGUUGCAAGCGUCUCUGUCAUUCUCGUUGGUUUCCUAUGGUUUCUAUUAAAAAAAUUGAAGAAAUAUGUUAUUUUUGAGUUGGACCAAAACUCGAGUCACCAUGGCGGUGAACUGGUUGCCGAUGUGCUCCGGGCACACGGUGUACCGUUCAUUUUCACCUUGUGUGGUGGUCAUAUAUCACCGAUUCUUGUGGCGGCAGAACUACGAAAAAUCAGAGUAAUUGAUGUACGACAUGAGGCCACGGCGGUGUUCGCUGCAGAUGCUGUGUCCAGACUGUCGGGGAAGGUGGGAGUUGCAGUUGUUACCGCGGGUCCUGGCCUGACCAAUACUGUCACAGCAGUGAAGAAUGCUCAAAUGGCCGAAUCACCCGUGGUGCUACUGGCCGGUGCUGCUGCCGGGCUUCUGCGUGGUCGAGGAUCUCUGCAGGAUAUUGAUCAGAUCUCUCUAUUCCGCUCGUUGUGCAAGUGGUCUGGUCGAGUCAGUCGUGUGAAAGAUAUUGUCCCGUUGUUGUGCAAGGCUUUCUGUGAAGCUCAGUCAGGCACUCCGGGUCCCGUUCUGGUGGAACUUCCGAUCGACACUCUGUAUCCAUACAAACUGGUCCGACAACACUUUCGUAUUACGGACAGUGUGAAAUCGUUGAGUCAACGAUUCACAAACUGGUAUCUUCGUUUCUACCUAUUCCGCCUGUUCGCCAACGGGUUUCAAAUCAAACCUUGCUCCCCGGACGAAGAACCCACAUCGAUCCCUGUGCUCACGCCGCUUGUGCCACAACCUUCAGAGUCCCAAACGAACAAACUGGUCUGUCUGUUAGCCUAUGCGCAGCGCCCGAUUGCGAUUGUGGGUAGCCAAGCCCUCUUACCUCCGUACGAUGCCCAGACUACCUCGGAAAACGUCAAGUCUCUCCGCAUUCCGGUCUACAUGACAGGCAUGGCACGUGGUUUGUUGGGUCGCAGACACCCUUGCGCUUUUCGCCACGCCAGGCGCGCAGCUUUACGAGAGGCUGACCUCAUUCUACUGGCUGACAUUUUCUGGAGACCUCACCUCGCUGUCCGGGCAGAUGUUGGUACAACGCUGAACGCUGUCGCGGAGCGUCUCAACGAGCGUUUCCCCUGUUCCAGUGCUUUUCGUUGUCCCCAAGAAUGGAUAGACGAGCUCCAAACGCGGGAAGAUCACCGCGAUGAAGAGAUACGUCAAAACACGCUAACACAACCUCAGGAGCGGACCAACCCGCUGGCUGUCCUAUGGGCUCUUGAGCAUCACGGACUGCCCAGUUCGGAACAUGAAGACUGUAUCAUCGUUGCGGACGGUGGAGACUUUGUCGGGUCUGCCGCAUACAUCCUACGACCACGGGGUCCGCUCUCCUGGCUAGACCCGGGACCGUUUGGCACACUGGGCGUCGGUGGGGGCUUCGCCUUGGGGGCGAAGCUGUGCAGACCCAAGGCUACGGUUUGGGUUGUCUAUGGAGACGGUUCUGCUGGUUAUAGCUUGGCCGAAUGGGAUACGAUGGCCAGACACCAUGCUCCUGCAAUCGCCGUGAUUGGCAAUGAUGGCUGCUGGUCACAGAUCGCUCGUGACCAGGUCGGCUUAUUUGGAUCCAGUGUGGCUUGUACCCUGAGUUCCCUACGCUACGAUGUGAUUGGAGCCGCCUAUGCUGGCAGUCAGUCUGCGAUUCUAGACUAUCGGGAGGCCGAAUCCCAUUGGUCCGACCAUGGUGGUGCGUUUGUCGUGAACCGUGGCAAUUUCGCCGCAAUCGGACAAGUUUUUGAAGAAGCCAAACUCAUGUCGGACAAGGGUGAACCUUCGGUGAUCAACUGCGUGAUUGCCCCUAGCGCAUUCCGUGAGGGGAGUAUCUCACUAUGACGUUCUCACAAACCAAUUGCAUAGAUGUACACUUAUUCUAACCUAUCCGGAAAGUCUUAUUCUAUGUGUGCAUUGAGUGUAAGCUGCGUUUCUCCUGGUUGUGCCUUUUCAAGCGACCACUCUAAUCUUGUUACCCAUUUUCGAAUCCACUGGUGUGUCGCUCAUUCUUAUACUCCUUUUUGCAAAACUUUCUCACUCGCCUCCUUCCAUCGAUUUUCUAACGUCUUUCUAUUCCCUGUCACGACUAUUUCUGUUUGUUAUCAUCAGUAUAUACCAAAAAUGAAACUUCA